UGGUAACGUGACUUCCUGGUAACGUGUUAGGUAGGAAAAGCAGUAAAAAAGUGCAUAUUAAGGGAGCAGAUUUGAAAUAAUAUUUAUACUUAACAAGAAAUAAUUAAAGGUUCAAUGGGGAGACCUAAAGAUUUACGCAUAUGGGAGCACUACCGUACUUUACCAAACAAGUCUGUUUCUUGCAAGCUUUGUAAUAAGGUCUACAAAUUCAGUAAUGCUGCCAAAAUGCUUCAACAUCUUAUCACUUGUCCAAAAUCUCCAGAAACAUUAAAAGACUCUAUGAAACUUAUAAAAGAUAGCUCGUCCAAAACCAAAAUGUCUGGACUGUCAGAGAUAGAGACAAAUGAUUCUUUUAUAAGCCCCUCGUCGUCUGCUAACACUACAAUAAAUGCUGAGUUUCAAGACACCGAUGAUCAUAUAAAAACAGAAUUAGCGAGAGCUAUAUUUGUAACAGGGACGCCAUUAUCGAUGGUGCAACAUCCUUUAUGGAUACAAUUUUUCGAAAAAUUGCAACCAAAAUUUAAAAUACCUUCACGUAAAGCUUUAGCGACAAAAUACUUAGAUAAAAUAUAUAGAGAAAUGCGUUUUGAGUUAAAUGAGGAACUAAAUGCUUGUAGUUACUUACACCUUCAGUGCGAUGGCUGGUCUAAUUUAAGAAAUGAAGGAAUAAUAAACUUUCUUAUAUCAAAACCUCAACCUGCAUACGUUAAAAGUUUGAAUACAGAAAGUAAUCCUCACACUAGUGAAUACCUUAGCCAAGAAGUUGAAAAAGUAAUGAAAGUGUAUGGAGCAAAUAAGUUUCUUGUACUUAUUGGCGAUAACGCUAGAAAUAUACAAAAGGCAUUCGAAUUAACAAAACUCAAAUAUCCACAUGUUGUUCCUCUCGGUUGCUGUGCACAUAUCCUUAACUUGUUGUGCCAAGAUAUUGUAAAGAUACAAGAAGUAACUGUGUUUAUUAUGCAAGCCAUAAAUAUAAUAAAAACUGUUAAAAGGAGUCAACGAUUAAGUUCCUUGUUGAUAAAAUCAAGGCAGGGUGAAGAUUCUACACAAACACUAAAAUUGCCUUGUGCUACAAGAUGGGGAAGUCAUGUUACUUCGUUAAAAAGUUUGAAAGCAAAUAAGAUAGCUUUGCAAAUAUUAACAGUUAGAGAAGAUGUGGUAAUUUCAAGAGAUAUUAAAGAUUUAAUUCUAAGUGAUGAUUUCUGGACGAAGACAGGGGAAUGUAUAAGUAUUUUGGAACCAGUCACUGAAAGCAUAUUUUACUUAGAGAGCGACCAGAAUCGUUUGCAUCGCACAUACAUUACAUUUAGAGAUGUACAAGCUAAGAUACGUUUUGCAUUAAAUGAGAUUUCGACAUUGAGCGAAGAAAGCAAACAGCAGAUUCUAACAUCAGUAUCUUCAAGAUGCAAUAUGGCAAUGAGGCCAAUACAUUUUGCAGCAUAUAUUCUAGACCCCAGGACUCUAGGAGUCGAACUUACUCAAGAGGAAGAACUUAAGGGUAUGGAGUUUAUCUACAAUUUAAGCCAACACUUAAGUUUGUCAAAUGUAAUGGCAGAUUUGGCGUGUUAUAAAGCUAAAGAAAACUUUUGGGCCAGAGGAUUUGUAUGGAGCUCAUUAGAUAGCAUUGAGCCCCUAAUAUGGUGGAAAGGUAUUUGUGGUUCCACUGAGUUAAGCAAAGUAGCGAUUCGUAUUCUAUCAGCUCCCUGUACUUCGGCAGCCACUGAGCGUUCCUUUAGUAUCCAAGGCUACAUACAUAAUAACAAAAGAAAUCGACUUACAACUGAAAGAACUGAAAAAAUUUCAUUCAUUUGUUAUAACUGGAAUCUUAAACAUAAAGCUGAAUGCGAGGACAUUCAGUUUAAUGAAGAAAAUACCUUAGAAGCUUUCAUUGAGCAAGUAAAUGAACAUAACAGUUUAGACGAAAUAGAGCCUAUCGAACCUAUACAAUUCAUCGCUUGUAAUAACUCUGAAUCUGACAGUGAUUGACUGUAGUUUUACAUUUUACUUUCAUCUCUUUCUUAAUAAACUCAAAAUCAAAUUAAAA